AUGUUCGGUUUCGCCAAAUUUGCUUCGCUCUUGAUACUCGUUGUUUCUGUCUGUAACGGUGCACCAGCUCUACCGGGCGAUGGUAUGACCAAGAGAGAUGGAAUCCCUUCAACAUACCGAUCUACUCCCAUUGAACCUGCGCUUCAAAAACGACAAGGACAGAACAGGAAUUCAAAUAAUAACAAUAAUAGUUAUAGGCCAGACCAGAUCAAGAUCGACCCCCCCAAGUACGACCCGCCCAAGAUCGAACCGCCCAGGAUCGAAACGCCCAAGAACCCCAAGCCACCGGGUGGAGGCAAUGGAAUGCCAAAGUUCCCAUGA